AUGGAAGGGGGGGAGGGGAAACCCGGCGAGCGGGCCCUUGUCAAUCGAGGGCCUGAGGGCCCGGCCUCGACCACCGUCACCCGGACACUCCCGCGAGCCUCCGCCCCAUUAUGCCCCCCGCCGUCUGCCACGCCCAGCCGGGCUCCACUCCCCGCGCAGCUGGCCCAGCCCGGCCCGGCCCGGUCACCCGCUCGCCGGGGCCUCCCGUUAGCGGCCGGCUCACGGACCGCCCCGCCCGGGCCGCGCUCCCAGGCCCCACCCCUCACGCCCUCCGGCCUCCGCCGGUUCUCCCCGGUCCAGGCCCUUCCCUCCGGCUCGCGCCACCCCGUCCGCGGGGCUUUCCCCGGCGAGCCGGCGGUCCAGACCCGCCCCAGAGCCUGCCUCAGGCAAGUGCCGGGACACGUGCGGCCUGCCCUCCCCCACGCCGCUCUGCCCGGUCGCCUCGGGAAGACCCAGGGAGUCGGCGCGGACACGCGGAGCACGCACGCGCACACCGCACCUCUCCUGGUUCAGCGUCCUCCGCGCUCAGGUCGCCGGCCCAGGCUACGGCCCCGCCCCCAGGCCCGACCCCGCCCCUCACGGCGGGACCCGCGCAAGCGCGCCUCCCCUGCCCCGCCCUUCCCCCGCCCCCGCCGGGCCCGCGGUCCCACGGCGCCAGGUUGCCCCCAGCCCCCUCCCGCCUUCCACUCUCUCUCGUCCCACCCUCUUUAG